AUGGGCUCCACACAAGACCUUCCUGUCCGUCAAAAGGCGGCGACAGCGCCCAUCAAGUUCGGCCACGAGCUUAAGGAACAGUUCCUCAUGGACCUGGCCUAUCGCAAUCUCAACAACGGCUCCUUCGGUACCAUCCCGCGCCUCAUUCAGUCCAAACUGCGGUUCUACCAAGACCUCGCCGAAGCGAGGCCCGACCCCUUCAUCCGGUACGAGUACCCCAAAUUGCUCGACGAGUCCCGCGCAGCCAUCGCCAAGCUCCUGCGCGUGCCCACCGACACGGCCGUCUUCGUGGCCAACGCCACCGUCGGCGUCAACACGGUGCUCCGCAACCUCGUCUGGAACGCCGACGGCAAGGACGAAAUCCUCUACUUCAACACCAUCUACGGCGGCUGCGCCAAGACGGUCGACUACGUGGUCGAGGACAGGCAAGGGCUCGUGUCCAGCCGCUGCAUCCCGCUGUCCUACCCCUGCGAAGACGACGCCAUCUUGUCCGCGUUUCACUCCGCCGUGGCCGAGUCCCUCAGCCAGGGCAAGCGCCCUCGACUGUGCCUCUUCGACGUUGUCUCCUCCCUGCCCGGCGUGCGCUUCCCGUUCGAGGCCGUGACGGCCGCGUGCCGCGAGAAGGGAAUCCUCUCGCUGAUCGACGGCGCGCAGGGCGUCGGCAUGGUCGACCUUGACCUCGGCGCCGUCGACCCGGACUUCUUUGUCAGCAAUUGCCACAAGUGGCUGCACGUCCCGCGCGGCUGUGCCGUGUUUUACGUGCCGCUGCGGAACCAGGCGCUUAUCCGCUCGACACUGCCGACCUCGCACGGCUUUGUCCCGCGCCCGUCCCCCGAACAGCAGGCCAACAUACGGAUCAACCCGCUGCCGCCGUCGGAUAAGUCCGAGUUUGUGAACGCGUUUGAGUUUGUCGGCACGGUGGACAACGCGCCGUACCUGUGCGUCAAGGACAGCAUCCAGUGGCGGGAGGAGGUGCUGGGCGGGGAGGAGCGGAUCCGGGAGGCGCUGACGGAGCUGGCGCGGCAGGGCGGGAAGAAGGUUGCCGAGAUUCUAGGCACCAAGGUGCUGGACAAUGCUAGCCGGAGCCUGACGCGAUGCUCGAUGGUCAACGUUGCGCUGCCGCUGGCGGUGCAGCCGGACGAGGAGGACAGGGCGCUGGAGGGUGACCUGGCUGGUCUGCCGGCGAUCCCAAACAGCGAUGUCUCGGCUGUGACCAACUGGAUCCUGCAGACGCUGAUAGACGAGCACGAGACGUUUGUCACGCUGUUUGUGUACGGCGGGCAGUGGUGGGCUCGCCUCAGCGCGCAGGUAUUCCUCGAGCUGGACGAUUUUGAGUGGGCGGGCCAAACGCUAAAGGAAGUGUGUGCUCGUGUGGCCAAGGGGUUGUACAAGCAGUAA